AUGCCUUCGCUUUCCACAAUCAUGUUGCGUGGCAAGCGAUAUCGAAGACUGUGUUUGUUGGCGCUCUUUUUUUUGUCAGCCUUCAUCCUGAGUUCAUUUCGUUUAACCCAGCUCUCAAAUGGGCGGUCUAACGUUGUACUGCAAUCCCUCUUCGAAAAACAGCGGGAAGAAAACGCUAGUGGUUCGAAAAUUAGUGAAGAUAAGUGCAAUGAAUAUUUCAGAUCUCUCGCUUCACUCGAUAGUGGAUGGGACAUACGAAGCUUCGGACACAAGCACACAUCCUACUUCUCCAGAAGACAUGUACAGGAGUCUGUGCGUCACAUGAGGGUGUUCGGUCAGUGCUUCAUCCAAAACUCCUCGCCAAACGGGGAUCCCAACCUUAAAGAGGUCGAAAAUAAGCUGUUUCCAUUAUUUACCCUCGUAUUUCCAACUUUUACAAGAUGGGACGGACUGAUAGUCGAGGGCUUCCCAUGGGCAGAUGAGGCCACUAGCAUUGAGCGGCCAGCGGUUUCCCAUGAACUGUUUUGGAGACAAAUCACGGACAAAAUGAAUGGCCGGGGAAUAGUGAUGAGUGUAGGAGAAGGCGGUGGGGUUUCUGAAGCCAAACGGCUACUCAGGGUACUGCGGGCACUUCAAAAUAAUCUACCCAUUCAAAUUGUGCAUAAAGGAGACCUCUCAGACAUUUCGGUGCAGGGGCUUGUCAAAGCCGGAAGAGAUCCAACCAGAAUUGAAGUGGCUGAUACUAGCUACGAACUAGGACAUCCCCAGGAGAUUUGGUUUGUGGAUGCUGAGAAGUCGGUGAAACCCGAAUUUGCACACCUAUUCACAAGGUACUCCAAUAAGUGGAUCGCCUCAUUGUUCAAUUCCUUCGAGGAGAUGAUUUUCCUGGACACAGAUGCAGUGCUGUUUGAGAAGCCCAGCUCUUUUUUCACUAUCGAUGGCUACCAAGAAACGGGCGCUUUUUUCUUCAGAGACCGGCUUAUUGACGAAUAUAUCAACCGCGGCGAUUUGAACUACUACAAGAAGUUAUUGCCGUCCAAAAUUGAAGCUCACGUAUUUAACCUCGAAACCGGUGAAGAUAUGAUGAGGCAGAACGAUGUCUUCCAGUUUCGUUUCAAGCAUGUAGUGGAAGCCGGUGUGUUUAUUUUGAAGAGACGAACUCAUAUGCCUGGUCUUCUCAUUUCUACCGCCCUGAACCUGUGGAAGGAAACAAAUGAAGUCUUUCAUGGGGAUAAAGAGCUUUUUUGGCUAGGCCAGUCUAUCGCUGGUACCAGCCGAUAUCAAUUCAAUAAGAAUCCAGCGGGUGCCCUAGGUUCCUUGACAAGGAACAAAGAGAAAAAUAUCACAUAUACAUGCUCGGCACAGCCGGGUCAUUUCGAUGAAAAUCAUAAACUUCUUUGGCUGAAUGGUGGUGCAAGGUACUGCAAAUGGCAAUCAUGGGAUUAUGACCUCUCGAAACAUAAGUCGCUCAGAAAAUCUUACAAAUCGGCCAAAAACCUAAGAAAGCUUUAUGCAUCGCCGAUAGAGGCGAAUGGGGCAAUCAUUCCAGCUAGGUCAAAUCUGUCGCUGCUCCAAAAACUGCUAGGAACGAAGAGCGGUUUUCAGAAGUGCGAGGAGAUGGGUUGUGCUGGCUACCUUUGGUGUGCAUACAGUCGCGCCGAUCAUUCCGCUGGAUUGACUUUAGAAUUCUCACAGGAGGAGAACAAUUAUUUCAAAUUCAUUGUCAACGUGUGGAAUUCGGAAUAA